CCAAUCACAGCCGUUCAAGCCAAUGGGGCCUACCCCCAUUGACGGUGGAUGAUUGGAAGAGCCAUCCUCCAUCUCUGAACUGUAACACUGACAACUCACAAGCCUCCACACUGCCUUCUGGGUAACAUCCAAGACGGACUUCAGCUUCUACAAAAGGCCAACCACCACAAAACAAAUGUAGAGUGAGAGAGAGAGGAACCCUUUCUCUCUUCUUCUAGAUCUGCCACUUCGUUCAUUUCAGCUGACUUCAAGCUCCCAUGGCAAUGAGGAAAAGCAGAGUACUCUGUUUUUUCAUUUUCAUGGUUCUUUUUGCUGUUAUUAAGGUUAAUGCUGAGAACCCAUAUAGGUUUUUCACAUGGAAAAUCACUUACGGUGAUAUCUACCCGCUUGGAGUUAAGCAACAGGGAAUCUUGAUUAAUGGACAGUUCCCAGGGCCUCAGAUCGAUGCUGUUACUAAUGAUAAUUUGAUUAUCAAUGUGUAUAACUAUCUCAAGGAGCCGUUCCUCAUUUCUUGGAAUGGCUUACAGCAGAGAAGAAAUUCAUGGCAGGAUGGAGUUUAUGGGACUACUUGUGCUAUCCCUCCAUUGAGAAACUUCACUUAUGUUCUGCAGGCAAAGGACCAAAUUGGCACUUACUUCUACUUCCCAUCCACAGCAUUCCACAAAGCAGCUGGAGCAUUUGGAGGCAUUAGAAUUUGGAGUCGACCCGGAAUUCCUGUUCCUUUUGCUCCUCCUGCAGGGGACUUCACAGUGCUAGCUGGUGACUGGUUCAACACAAAUCAUUAUAUUUUGAGACAAGGUCUUGAAAGCGGUCGGAAUCUUCCCGCUCCCGACGGGCUUCUAAUCAACGGUCGAGGGUGGAAUGGGUUUACGUUUAAUGUGGAUCAAGGGAAGACAUACAGGUUCAGAAUAUCAAAUGUGGGACUUUCAGCUUCCAUUAACUUCAGAAUUCAGGGUCAUCUGAUGAAACUGGUGGAGGUGGAAGGAUCACACACUCUCCAGAACACAUAUUCCUCUAUUGACAUCCAUUUGGGUCAAUCCUACUCUGUCUUGGUCACUGCUGAUCAACCUCCUAAGGACUACUACGUCGUUGUUUCGUCUCGGUUUACCUCUCCGAUCCUCACGACGACCGCUGUACUUCACUACAGCAAUUCAUGGGAGAAAGUUUCUGGUCCAGUUCCGGGUGGCCCGACCACGGAGAUCGCUUGGUCUCUCCAGCAGGCUAGAUCUAUCCGCUGGAAUUUGACUGCAAGCGGACCGAGACCGAAUCCGCAAGGCUCCUACCAUUAUGGACUGAUCAAGACGAGUCGAACGAUCAUACUAGCGAACUCGGCCCCCGUUAUCAAUGGAAAGCAGAGGUUUGCUGUCAACAGUGUCUCAUUUGUUCAAGCUGACACUCCGUUGAAACUGGCUGACUUCUUCAAGAUCCCUGGAGUUUUCAACCUCAACAGCAUUCCCACCACUCCCACCUGGGGCAAUGCCUACCUCCAGACCUCUGUCAUGGAUUCUAAUUUUCGAGAAUACAUCGAGAUCGUGUUCCAAAAUUGGGAAGACACCGUGCAGUCAUGGCAUAUCAAUGGCUACUCGUUCUUCGUCGUCGGGAUGGAUGGAGGCCAAUGGACGCCUGCCAGCCGAGAUCGAUACAAUCUCAGAGACACGGUCGCUCAUUGCACGACUCAGGUGUAUCCAAAGUCAUGGACAGCAAUCUAUAUGGCACUUGAUAAUGUAGGAAUUUGGAAUGUGAGAUCUGAGAGUUGGGCAAGGCAAUACUUGGGACAGCAGUUCUAUCUCAGGGUUUAUACCUCAUCAACCUCCUUACGAGAUGAGCUACCGAUCCCCCGAAACGCUCUCCUUUGUGGUCGGGCCAGUGGUCGUCACACGAGGCCUCUCUAAGUUUCAAAAUCUUACAUUUCUUGUCACGAGUGGGUGACACCGUUCUAACUGGUUUCUAGGUGCUUAGAUUCGUGUUCCUUUUGAUCAAAUGCUCAUCUUGAGCUAUUUUUACGAAAACAUUUGAAUUCUUAGCUAAAUUUUAUCGAAAUUCUUAAUGGGCUUCACCAAAAAUAGGUUGAACAGAGUUUUAUGUUUGUGACUGUUUCAAAAAGACAUGUUUGGUUGAACAAGAAUUUAAAUGAUGUAAUGGGAAAACUGCAUUGUUCU